AUGACCAUCCACGGCAGUCAACCGAUUUCGUCCCGAACACGCUCCGGCGACCUGCAGACUCAUGCAGCCUCGGUUAUCAGGGCACCAUCCAGUACCAAGCCCGACCAGAGCGAAGACAGCGACGCGCCGGGGCCGGUGAAGAAGAAACGCGUGUACAAGAAACGCAAGGCCACGCACACGGUGCGCAAGGAGGAGAAGCGGGCGCUGGAGGUGCAGAUCCAAGCUCUGCAGGCCAAGCUCGAGGCGUUGAAGCUGCAGGCCCUCGUGCAGCGCGGUGACGAAGACGCCACGCUCAACAGGAAGAUGGCGCACAAUGCGGCGCUGCGAGACGCGGUGCAAGGUCAGUAUUUGAUGCUGACGCACACGAAAGGGAUGAUGCUGGGCUGCGCGCUGCGGCACUCGUACCAGGUGCGUCCGACGGAGAUGUUCAUCCGUCUGACGGCAGAUCGGGACGAGAGACACCAGACACUGAAGGCGCUGAGAGAGCCCAAGUUGUACUACGCACGGAGGUUUAUAAUGGAGCGGAGCCGGGGGAUGCACCCCACGACCGAGUAUUUCCAUGAAGAGAGGUACGAGACUCCGGAAGGAGAUUUCUGCAACGUACGCUUUGAUAGAGUACCGCUGCGAGGUGUGAGAGGGGGGAUUCGUACGGUUCUGGAUGCGCUGAAGAACGCUGCGUUCAACGCGGAGAUCAUCAUUUCGGAGACAUCGGGAAACCUUACUAUCCGUGAAGACGACGAUCUUACCGAAGAAGAUUUCUCUCAGCUACGGUUAGUGACCCAGACGAGUCGUGGCAUCCUUGUGGAGAACAAUUUGGUCCAUUUUGCGGAUUUCUCGCGUACUGAUGGAGAAGACAGCUACGCGGUAACAGCGGCAGACUUUGUGGACGAAGACGAAAGAUUCCCGUACCGCCCUCAUGAGCGCGUCAGGCGUGACGCUACUGCCGCGAUUUUAGUGAUGUCUCAUGCAGAUACGAAGACGAACAAGGCGGUUGACAUGGAUGGGUAUAGUGAUCAUACGGCUUCUGAGGAGGAGGGAGAACCCGUGGUUGUGAUCACACGCUGGGCGUUCACAAGGAUAUGCCGCACCGAGCUGAACGUUCCGAUCGAAGUACUCCGUGAAAUGCGCGACUUAUCGGGUCGAGUGUCGGAGACGAUACUGAAUUGCGUACGCGAGACCGUGGGGCUGGCAAAAUAG